GCUGCUGUGGCGCGGUCGUCUCAGCGCUCGGUGGCUGCUGCUUCACAUGCUCCUGCGUGCACCGAGGAAGGGAGUUAAUCUGAGGUUUGCUCUCUGUAGGUACGUCCCGUCCCAGGCUGAUAUAGCAGUCUUUGAAGCAAUCAGUGCUCCACCUCCUGCAGACUUGUUUCAUGCUCUUCGGUGGUACAAUCACAUUAAGUCGUACGAAAAGCAAAAGGCGAGCUUACCAGGAGUAAAGAAGGCUUUGGGGAAAUAUGGUCCUGCUGAUGUGGAGGACACAACAGGGGCAGCCACAGAUAGCAAAGAUGAUGAUGACAUUGAUCUUUUUGGAUCUGAUGAUGAGGAGGAAAGCGAAGAAGCAAAGAAACUGAGGGAAGAACGUCUGGCCCAGUAUGAAUCAAAGAAGUCCAAAAAACCAGCUGUUGUUGCCAAAUCAUCGAUCUUGCUUGAUGUGAAACCUUGGGAUGAUGAGACAGACAUGGCCAAGCUAGAGGAGUGUGUUCGAAGCAUUCAAGCAGACGGAUUGGUCUGGGGAUCCUCCAAACUGGUACCAGUUGGCUAUGGUAUCAAAAAGCUUCAGAUCCAAUGUGUCGUUGAAGAUGAUAAAGUUGGAACAGAUAUGCUGGAAGAGAGAAUAACAGCUUUUGAAGAUUAUGUACAAUCAAUGGAUGUAGCUGCUUUCAAUAAGAUUUAAGUCUUGAGAUACCUAGAAUAAAUGUAAUUGCAAAAA